AUGGGCACAAGAGCCAAAGCCAAAGUGAUCUCUAGUGAAGAAUCCGAUGAACACCAUGCGCAAUCCGAUUCCGAACAGUCCGAGCAACCACUUAAACGGACCAACUCGGUGAAGUCAAUGAAGAACAAGCGACCCGCACACGACGAUGAGGAGGGCGAAAGCGAGGAGCCAAGUGCGAAAAAGAAACGGGUCAGUAGGCCAAAGGUGCGGGCCCAGUCAACGUCAAAGGGCGCAGCUGACGAUGCAGACCAACAAAUUAUAUCCGUCAAAGCGAACGACGAAGGGGACAAAUACAUUGACUUGGGCAAGAAGCGUCGAGCAACGGUUCGGGCCUUCAAAGGUACCGUCUUUCUCGAUAUCCGGGAGUAUUACGGACAAGAAGGGGAUGAAAAGCCGGGCAAAAAGGGUGUCACGCUUAAUCAGGAACAGUGGGAGAAACUCAAAGAAGGCCAAGAUGCAAUUGAUGCGCUCUUCAAGAAGACGAAGAAGUAA